AUGGAGGAGCGCGCGUCUGGCGUGGCCAAGCAGCUCGUGCUGCUUUCACGCUCAGAAGCAACUGCGGCGGUGGACGAUGUCGCUACACGUGCCUUUGAUAUGCUUGCUGAAGUGGUUAAUGAUGUCCAUACUACGUAUGCAGCUAACGAACGCAGCUUCCAGUAUCUAUGCAAGAUGCUACGUGUGGACUCUACCAGCGACGAAGCUCUCCUUCAGAUCACCAGGAAUGUAUCGAUUCCCAUGCUGAGUGCAUUGUUCGAUUCCAACUGGAGCUCACGCUACGCAGCGAUCUUUCUUGAAACCAGCGUGCUGCCCAAGAUACGUGCUGCCGAUUCGGUUAUUUCUCGUGUGCUGCUUCAGACGGCACUUCGCUUCGGCUCCAGUUAUGCCGGUACCCUUGUUGACUCACUGUUGCUCCCUCUUUUGGUCGGUGGCGAAUGCGAUGCUGUUGGUCCACCACAGGCGGAAGCAAUAACACGAAUUCUGCGCAGCCUAGAUACUGUACCAGCAGAUCAGCUGGAUGGAUUUCUCCUAAAAAGCUUGGAAGCUGUGACCGCCAACGACAAUCUGCACCCACAUUUGCUGUCAAAUGAAUCAGCACUAUUGGUGUUCCAGAACGUUCUCAACACGAAGCCAGUGCUGUCAGUGUUGACGAUAGAACGGCUUGUUGGAGCUUGUGAGGCAGUUUUAGAGCGUCCAGAAGCUGAACAGGUUCGAGGAUCGCUGAAAUUCGCCACGGUCAUCUUUACUUUGAUUUCGAAAUACCCGCAGCAAUGUUCUGGUCAUGUGGAAACGCUCGAAGCAAUUGCUACUCAAUUGACGUCUAUUAUGGCGAAGACAACACUUCGCUCACUGCAGAAGCUGAAGACCAGCAAGUAA